CUAGUGAAGAUGGCGGUGACUGGUUGGUUGGAAAGUCUGCGGGCUGCAGAGAAGACAGCGUUGCUGCAGGACGCCCCCAGCUGGUAACCACCAUUCUUCAUCUGUAUCUGUGAAUUUGACUUCCUCGGAACCUGAUGUAAAAGCGUGAAGGUGGAACUCAUAACAUACGGAAGAAGAAAGGUGCAUUACUUGUUCCCAGACGGGAAGGAAAUGGCUGAAGAAUACGACGAGAAGACGAGCGAACUGCUCGUGAGAAAGUGGCGUGUAAGAAGUGCCCUGGGAGUCUUGGGCCAGUGGCAGCUCGAAGUGGGAGAGCCAGCGGCCCCUGGAGCAGGGAGCCUGAGCCCUGAGCUCAUCAAGGAGAGCAGUGCCAAUCCUAUCUUCAUGCGCAAGGAUACCAAGAGGACCUUCCAGUGGCGCAUCCGGAACCUCCCCUACCCCAAGGAUGUCUACAGCGUCUGUGUGGCCCCAGAGGAGCGCUGCAUCAUCGUCAGGACAGCUAACAAGAAGUACUACAAGAAGUUCUCCGUUCCUGACCUAGACAGACACCAGCUGCCCCUGGAUGACUCCUUGCUGAGCUUUGCUCAUGCCAACUGCACCCUAAUCAUCUCUUAUCAGAAGCCAAAGGAGAUCUUGGUAGCCGAGUCAGAGCUACAGAAGGAGCUGAAGAAGGUCAAGACUGCACACAGCAGUGAUGGAGACUGCAAGACUCAGUAGCCGGUCCUACUUACACCUCCGGGGUGGGGGAGUCUACAGCACUCUCUGGCCUGGCCCUGCUGGCAUGUGGCAGCCUCCUAUCUCCCUGGAGCCAUCCGGAGCUGUGAGACCUGGCCCAGGAGCACCAGUGCCCCAUUCCCCGUUUCACUUCCCGAGUAAAGUCUUUUUUAGUUACUGCA